UACCAUGGCGGCUCAGGAGGAAGAGACGUUCCAUAUACGCUCGCUUUUGGAUGCUGCUAAUAACUUAAAUAGCAUAUUACUAAAGAGUCCAACACCUCAGUCGGCUGAGGGGAAGGGAAGUCUAGACACAUGUCGUCACCGGUGUGAUGUUCUGCUGACGAAGUGUACAGAGACAACAGCCAUUACUGCCGAUACUGCAAAAGACUGCCUCCAGGAGUAUGCACAGAUUCUGCUCGACUUCACCUUCAUCCAUGAGAAUGAGCUGGUGGACGAGAACUUCCCAGAGACAACCACCAGCUCCAGGAUAGCCAAGAUCCUGGGAUACUUCGACAGUUUGCUGGAUCUGGCCAAGGAGGUGUUUCCUGAUAUCCAGCCAAUGGAGAGCCUGGGUGUUGAGUUGAUGGAGUGUGUUCUGUGGCGGAAGGGGGCGCUGUUCUACAUGUACUGUCACCAGACGUGGCCGGACACAGACAGACUCUCUCGCAACAAGACCAACUUUCAGCAGAAUCUACGUGAUGGUGUGACGUACCUGCAGGAAAUGCUAGCGGUCAGACGACCACUCACAGCUGACCAAUGUUCAGGAAGAGAUGAUGAUGACUCAUUCACUCUCAUGAAGUCUGGUAUCUUCUCCGACACCCAUCUUCUAGCACUGAUGUAUGCAGGGGAGAUGUGUUACUGGUUUGUCAAAGGACAGAAGGAAGAGGAUUUUGAGAGCAUGGCUGACUUCAAGGCCAAGGACACGGGGACCCAGCUGCUCAAGUCCUACAUCGAGGCGAUAAAGGGGCCUCUACAGGGCUCAGGGUGGAACACAGACAGAGCACAACAGAUUCUACGAUACUUUGACGACUGAUAGUUGCUUGUCCUCCAGAGAGACAAAGACUGAAAAAUGAACAGUGACGUUGACAGUUGUGAAUGAUCCUAGAGACUCUGCUUUACAUGUUUAUUUAUGACUACAAAGAACUAUGUUGUGAUCAAGGGCAUGUAAUUUCUAACUCUGUCCUUGAUACAAUUCAGGUGGCAGUACAUCACAGUAGCGUACUACACAACUGGAAGUACAUAGCUAUGUAACAGUAAUGAAAGUUGACCCUGUAGUGCUGUGGCACUAUUGUCCUUGUACCUUGCAUAGGAGGAGGAUGGCCAAUAUGGCUGAAGACUUUGGAUAAUUACUUUGAGUUCUUGAAGACAAUUCACUGACACGUGACAUCAGUCCAUUGAGUACAAUGGGUGAAGCCCUUUGGUUGUCACCUGGAAUUUUGCUGAAUGAAAUGUCGAACCCAUCUCGCCAACUCUUCCCGACUCCAUAGUGAUGCUCACAUUAUUAACCACUGGUUUUCUCUUCACAGCUCAGGGCUUGUUUAACAAUCUAGCACUAGAUUAGACUCAAAUAGAUGAAACACAGAUUAUGUAAAUAUGAACAUGAUAAAUUUAUAGUGGUAAAA